AUGCUGUCGACGACUAUACUUUCGCUCUCUCUUCUCUCCUCUGCGGCUGCACUCCGCUCGGGCCCACCCUCCACCCACGGCCUCCUCCGCCCCGGCAAGGGCAGGCACGGUAUCCAGACGCUCGAUAACCCCUCCGACAACGCCACCGUCUUUCACGUGCACUCUCUCCAGCAGAUCUCGACCUACAACGACGCCUUUUACUUCGACCAGCUCAUCGACCACAACAAUCCGUCAAAGGGGACGUUCAAGCAGCGCUACUACCACAACUACGAGUACUACGACCCCGGUGGACCGGUCGUCCUCAUGACGCCCGGCGAGACCGAUGCCUCCGGCUUCACCGGCUACCUCACCAACAGCACCGUCCCCGGCAAGCUCGCCGAGCUCCUCAACGGCACCGUCGUCAUGCUCGAGCACCGUUUCUUCGGCAAGUCGCAGCCCACCGGCGACCUCUCCACCGACUCCCUCCGCCUGCACACGAUCCAGCAGGCGAUCGACGACAUCGACUACUUCGCCCGCACCGUCGUCCUGCCCCAGCCGGAAAACGCUACGCUCGGGCCCGACAAGACCGCCUGGAUCAUGGUCGGCGGCAGCUACCCCGGCGCGCUCACGAGCUACGUGAUGCAGAACAAGCCCGACCUGUUGUACGCCGGGUGGGCGUCCUCCGGCGUCGUGCAGGCGAUUGGUGACUUCUGGGGCUACUACGAGCCCGAGCGCCAGUAUAUGCCGAAGAACUGCUCUGCAGACAUGACCGCAGUGAUCGACUACGUCGACUCCGUGUUCGAGACCGGCACGGACGAGGAGAUCUGGGCGAUGAAGCAGAAUUUCGGUCUCGGGGACCUCGUCUACGGCGAUGACUUUGCCGAGGCUCUCUCGAACACUCCUGGUUCCUGGCAGGGGGACAUCUCUGCCGUGUACGACUUCUGUGAUUACAUCGAGACAUCCAACGGCAAGAAGGCUCCCGCCACCGGCUGGGGUCUCGACCACGCGUUCAAGGCGUGGGGCACGUAUUGGAACGAGACCCUCUUCCCCAGUAGUACCUCACCUUGCAUUUACAGUGCGUGCGGUCUCGCGUACAUCCACGACGCUACGGUCUUCAACUGGGCUGUCGACACCGCGCCCGACGACGACCGGUCGUGGACCUGGAUGACCUGCAACGAGUUCGGCUUCUCCAUGACCGGCGCCCCCGCGGACCACCCUUCCCUCAUCUCCCGCCAGUUCACACCCACGUCCAGCGAGGCACGUUCUCUCCCCUCGCUUCCCCGCCUCAUCCUCUGCAGCUACCGCUUCCCGGACACCUUCUCCGGCACGAACGCCUCGCUCGUCCUCAACGCGCUCUCCGUCAACUCCCGCUACUGGGGCUGGAACGUGACCACGCCGCGCCUCGUGUUCGUCAACGGCGAGCAGGACCCGUGGCGGGAGGCGACGGUCGGCGCGGACGGCGCGAACCCGUCCUUUGAUUCCGCGCUGCAGCCGCACCUGAUGCACGACAUGUUCCACUGCUCGGACCUGAUCUUCAGCGCGGGCAACACCGACAAGAUGCGCGAGGUGCAGAAGGAGGCGCUCGAAGUGAUCGUGGGGUGGAUGCAGGACUGGAGGCCGAGCAAUGCGUCGUCGUCGUCGUCGGCGUGA